GUGUUAUCAAAAUAGGUUGUCCAGCUGACGAACGGCUACCGAAGGUCUGGCAGCACGUUAUAGAGUACACGUGUCUUCUUGGUGUGUGCGACAUUAAGGUUGUAUUGUUCAAUAUAGCCAAAAUAGACAUUGACAUGUAGCAAAGAUCUCAAAAUCUAAAAGCUGGCGUGGGAAUGACAUCAACAAAAGUUAAAACGGAAGGUUUAUGUUCGUGGCAAUGCCGGGAUCACAGGCACAGGAAGACUUGCCCUGACAUGUUCUGUAGAAUAGGCCGAACUCUUAAGGCUCUGAUUUGGCAUGGCCGGCAUGGAUGGGAAUAAAUUCCCACAUCAGCUCUUUCCCAGUUUUUACAACACCGGGCCUCCGAACGCAAAAUCUAAUGUCACUGUUGGAAGCUUGGGACUCUACAAUCAGGCGUAUGUAGUCGACCACGGUCUGUCUGAGAAUGGUCCCGGGCAGUUAGCUGACUGGAAGUUUGAUACACAGUACAAAGUGAAGGGAGAGACAUGGAAGGCAGUUGAAUCUAUUCCGAUUCCUUUGAUGACACCGAAUAAAGUACACACGAUUGCUUCAGGUCAUGUCCCAUCUGCAUCUGACUUCCCAGAACAUAUGCAGAACUUUUACUUGGAUAACUAUGAGGAUGCCUUCAGCACAAUGAGCAGUGUUCUUGGAGAACACUUUACUUUCGGGGAGAGAAGGAUGACGGCAUCUGCAAAGAAGAAAACCGUCCGCAUGAAUAAGCUGAAACGUUUUUUAAGUACAGUGAAUUAUAUAAAGUGCCCUUUGAGAUACUAUGGAAAGGGAGCCAGAAGUUACAAUAACCUGCUUGGCGAUGUCAUCCAUGAAAUUCCCCCUGUACUUUUGGCUGAACUCCUCCGCGAGGAGUUGCUGCUGCAGAAGGAACGUGCGCAGUUUAAUGAAGUGGCCACCGGGGGUGCUCUAGGCUAUUUCCCGGUCAGGCUCUCUGACAGCUCUCAGGAGGGCUGUCUCGUGUUUCCAGAGGAAGCCUCCCUCAAGUUCCAUAAGGUGGUGCUGGAGUUCGACAGAGAUAAGGUUCCCCGGCUCAGCAUGAAUAAUUCUCAGCCUUUCGUCAUGAAGCUCAGUGGCGCAGUACGACAGAUCAGUGUUGGCAGCAUGCAAGAUAGUGUCCAUGUGGGGGUACGCUCAGAUUACCACUGUGGGGUCUGGGAGGCCUGUCCCAUUAAGAGAGUGAGACCUCUGGAGGUCGUUCGAACGGAGCAGGUUGCCACAUGCAUCUGCGUCAGUCCCCAUAUCCCAGGAGAGCUGCUGGUAACAACUGAGAAUGGUGCUGCCUAUCUCUGGACUGUAGGAGCAGGCUUGUCAAAAUUCCGUGAAGAGGAGGAAAACCUGUACUUUAACGCCCAGUCAUCUUGGCGAUGGUGCGACUUCUCUGCCCACCCAAAAGUGAUGCAGUACACGGACAGAACUGGAGUGGAGCUUACUGACACCAGGUCCUCAGAUAAGUGCAGCUACACUCUGUUUCGCAUUGGCGAAACUCCAAACUGUAGGAGUGGGGAGAGGGUGAUCUUGUCCAAGUACCUGUAUGACGUCAAUGCUUAUCACCACCUUGUCACCACCCAGCAUUCUGUUUACAUCAUAGACGAGCGCUUUCCUUGUCUGCCCAUGCUCAAGUGGGACCACAUGAUGAUGGAUCCACCCCUGUUUGCCCAAGUCCUGCCUGGCUUUCCACAAGGCAGAACUAACAAGAUACUACUGGGUUCCCAGCGAUCCCAGGAGCUAAUGUUCCUGCAGUAUUCUGGUGGCGGAGAGGCUGCCUGCCGUUCUCUGGGGCCUCCUUUGAGACUGUCCCGCCCGGCUGACAGUCUGGGCCACCUCCAAGUCCAUGUCCCCCACAGGCAGCAGAAGGCACAGGAGAGGCUGCUGGAGCCUGCCGCCGGUUUUACUGCCAUACAUCACAAGGGUGAAGAGUGCCUGUGUGUGCUGCAGCUCUCUGAGACUGGGGACAUUUUUUACCAAAAUCUGAUGCUCCAAACCGACCAGGACAGCGCAGACACACAACAACCGAGGAAUUCCACAGGGGGAGAUGAGGAACACAGUGUUACCACAAAACUCAAGAAUGCUUUGCGCAACAGUAGACUAAGUUCUGAAGAUGUAUCUUUGAGUAAGGGAGUUGGAACUUCUUGCUGUGAAGUGGAGGUUAAUAGCAAUGAUGAGGAUUUGGCUACGGUGUCCAACACUGAGAUGCAGGAUAUGGAUGGAUGUUCUGUCACUCAGACAGGCUUGAGUCUCAGUCAAGACCCGAUGAAGCCGCACAUGGUCAGCAAGGAGGUUUUGUCAAAGUGGGACCGGUGGCUGAAGGCUCUUUUCGAGAGUCCGAGGCCCACCUCAGAACAAAUCCUGUCCCAUUGGACCAUAAAAACCGAAGGCCUCAUCUCUUGUCAAGCACUCAGGAGAAACCCUCUAGAGGAAGACCAGCUCCAGAGACUGAGAAAAGACUUGGAACAGUCGAUGAAUAAGAUGGAUGUGGUUGUCCAUGGUGUCACUUACCUGAGGCCUCUCGAGGUGGUCCCAUUGCCUGACCUGGUAGUGCCCGCCGACUGGACUGACAAUUUAAGUGAGAGGCUGUCAGUGUCCUGGGGGGGACAUUGGAAGAGCUGGUGGGAGGAUAAGCUAGGGAUGAACCGCAUGGAAAAGGUGGCGGCUCUGCGUAGAAGGCGCCAACGGCAGAAACGGGCCAAGGCUCACCACCGCGUCGCACUUUCGGAGAGCUUCGCCUCAUCUGUCAGCUACCAGUCUGACCUGGACGACCUCUCGGGCUGGUCCUCAGGCCAGAACAGUCAGGGCGCCUAUUCGGACGUGGAGAGCAUCUCCACUAAUCUCUCCAUACCCGAUGCCUUUCCAGAGCCUGAAAGAGGAAACGUGCUGACCCAAGAGAACAGGCCACUUGCUACUCUAGAGAAGGAGGACGGCCCUUCUGCCCAAUUAAAGCUGGCAUCCAGGAAAACGAAGCAGCCGGAGCAGGACUACCUCAGCUCGUUGUUUGGGUCUCAGGGGCUGCCGGAAAUGCACGAGGAGAGCGGGCUGCAGCUGCUGACACCUUUCUCUCAAGGGUCCAGCAUUUCCUUGUCCCAGAGGAAUCCCUGUGUGGUUGCGUCUAACAAGGGUUCCCUGUCCGUGCAGCCCAGAAAGAAAAGGCCACGAAUGGGGUUCUGAAUGCUGAAGGAUGGAUCAUUGGGAUGCCUUUGAAUACACUGGGAAAUUUCAAGCAUAUCUACAGACUGGAUGGCUUCAAUCUCCUGGGCAAGGAGGGCCAGUGCUAGCACUGAUGGCUGAAAGAAGAACAGGGAUGUGCAUGAGAUCAACAACAAUGCAUCUGUCUGUGUACUCAUUUAAAAAGCAUGUGGAUGCAAAUGGAGAAUUUGGACAAAUUGGUUCUUACUUUGGCUUUUGAGAAAACGAUUCGACAAAGGCAGGCUUUUAGCUGGACUUCCAGUUUGUCGAGGCUCAGAUGGGGUUUCCUUCAAAAACAAAAGGGUGAAGAAUUUCAGGGCCUAAUCAUAGAACCCUUGAGAUUGUACAUAAAGAAGAAAUGUAGAACAAGGUUGCGCAACAACUGGAGCAAGACGUUAAGCAAUGAUUAAGGGUCUGCAACACAAGCAUCUUAUCUUAAAAGUUCUGUGUUUGUGUGCCAGUAGAUUAGACUAGUGUCACAUAAGCCAUUACAUCAUGACUACCCACAUCAGGAGCACUGUUCAGAGUUAACCUAUGGCCAUUAAGCAUGGAUUAUAGCCUUGAUUAAAUACAUAAUACUUGUUAGAAAAGUAUCAGAGAUUUUUACCCAAAUAAGGUUUCAAAGUGAACUUACCUUUCUGAAGUAUGUAAGAGGGUUAUUUCAUGAUAAAGGUGCAAAAAGGUAAAGGCUGUGACCGCUUUGCACUGAAAGUUCAGUUUUUCUGAAAUGAUCUUCUCCAUUCGGUUGAGGUCUGAAAUGGUGAACUUGCAUUGGCUGAUACGAAUAAGGUCAUGGGAGGAUGAAAUGUUGCACUCCUCCUCAACCAGCUUAGCUGCAAUGUGGAGACAGCUGAUGGCGAUGCAGGAUAAGUGCUUGGGUUGGAUCUGGAGAGGGGGAAAAAAAUAAAAAGGAAUAAAUGCUCAUUCCACCCAAUUUAUUUUUGUUGUCCAAACUAGUAGGUAGCCCACAACUUAGUUAUCAAGAAACUAAACUGCCCGAACAGCACAUUCAGAAAAGUAAUGUUAAGAUUGUGCAUUUAUCAAAAGUUUAAAAAGAAAAUAUCAAUAAAUAAAUGUCACUGUAGAACUGGGGGGGAGGGGGGCUGAUUACUUAAAUUUGAGGUUCACUUUGCAGGGAAUUAAUGUCUACUUGGUAGCCUUGUGUUGCAGUGAUAAAGGUUAAUUGAUUAAAACUCAUAAAAAUAAGUUACCUUCAUCAUGGCCAGGAACCUAUCCAGCAGGUUGACGGCCUGCACAAAGGUCUGUGUACUAUAACCAAAAAAACUGGUGAGGCUCCAAAGAUCUUCAACUUUGGCAUCCCUGCAUUUUGCUGAGAUUUGUUUGUCAUUCUGUAGGGGAUACAGAAAAAUAUACUUGGAUGUCAGAGAACAUUUAAAAUGUGUACAUGGACAAAAAAAAUGACAUAGAAUUCCUGUAUAAUUAUUAAAUCGUCCCCCCUGUUUAUAUAGAAAGUGAAACGAGUAAAUGCAUAUUGUUCGAGAGAACAACCCGGCACUAGCUUCCAGCUGUACAAAGGCACAAGAAUCCAAGGCAAAUUAUUGGCAGAGAAGCAGAAGUACUGUCCUAAUUAAGGCUUAGUCGAAAUGUGUAGGCUUUUUAUGUAAACAAACAAGUUUUUUUUUUUUUUUUUUAAAGGCCCACUAUGAACAAUUCUAGCGUAUCCUGUUCAUUCCGAUGACCAUUGGCUAUUUAUUGCUGUCUUAGGGUGGGGGGACUGAUGGUACCGACAUGGUCAAAGGCCGCUUUAUAAUUAGGUUACCUCAAGAGUAGUCUCCAGCAGGUUCAGCCCCUUCUCCCUCGGCAGAUAGAUCGACUCUUGUUCGAAAUUUGUCUUCAGUUCCCUCAUAAGUUUAAAGGCUUCCAUGUCUCUAAAAUGCAACGUCUCCCGUUUUCUUCAACAAUAAAAAAGAUUGAAAUUAGUACAUGUUUAUAUGCCCUACAAUCAUUCGCUAGCUGUGUAGAGGGGAAAGGUUUAUAACCCAACCCCCUUUCUCAGCAGGGAAUUGGUGUUAGGUUUCGUUAGCUAACGCCUAACAAAAUAUUAAGUCCGUUGUCCAAUUCGUUUACGUUACAUGAAAAUGUUCAUCAAAUACGAUUUAACGUUUGUUUUCGAAACCAGGAUAAGAAAUCAACUGAGCGAGGUUAGACUAAAUGACAACCGAAUAAACAGACCGACCGUGGAAAACAAGGAAAACUACCACCAUGGAAAACAACUAUGGGGGAAGGGCUGGAUUACCCCAGUCUUCAGCUGGCUACGUGACAUAGCUAACGUUAGCUAUAGCCUGCUAUGUUGCCAAAUUACACUGGAUGCUUAAUUUUACAUAAAUCGCAUUAAAAUAACAUUAGCCAAACGUAAUUUGACUUCAGUUCGACCUGAAGUGAACACAACAUGCUAACUGGUUAACGGUUUAUUCAAUAUAUUUUAUGUGUAGCCAAACAAACCUUAGCCAUCUCAAAUCGAUAGAAUAACAAACUAGCAGACAGUUCUGUUUCUGGCUAAAGUUAAAUUACGUUUCAGUUUCGGGCAUAAUUAACAUUAACGUUACCCAAAAGGUAACAUUGCUAAUUUUUGUCGUGUCGUUUCAAAUUCGUAAAUUAACGCAACAAUAGCGUUAAAGCAAAUCAGCUAUGGUAAUACAAGCUUGGUAUCAGUUAAGUUAGCGCUGCCGAAGUAUGAAUACGUGACACCCGCCGUUUAAUUACAACCAAGUGAGGAAAACUGCUAAAGUUUUCUAGCAUUGUGUUAUUUUUUCUGGAUAUAUGUCCUCGAACAUAAUUUUAACGUUAGUCUAUCGAUGACAAAAUCAGCCUAGCUAGUUCUAGCGGACGUUGCCCAACUUCAAAAACCCCAUAUCCGCUAGUCAGUCUGCAAAACUAUAUUUCCACAUUAUUUCAAAUACUAACUCAACCUAUCCAUAACUGUAGUUGUUUAACAAAUCUUAUUACCUGUGAACUAGAAUUUCAUUUUUUCGUGUCCAAGACUGUGCCAGUUUACUGUUUUCUGAUUCCUUAUAUUUCCUCUUUGUUGUUGACCAUUUCCACGCCCAGCGAUAUUUACGUCAUGGUAAAAUGGCCAAUCACCGCCUAGUGCCUAGCUGGAUGGAUUAUUAUUACCGUCAUCAUUAAAUGUUUUAAUAUAUCAUAAUACGUUUUUUUUUUCAUUAAGCAAAUGUAGUUAUACGUUUGGUUGACUUUUGUUUGUUUACUCUGCAGUAUUGCUAUGUUCCUAUGGUGAUUUACGUCUUGGUUCUUUUUGGGCGAAAUCUGUUUUUAAAUGGUCUGUGGCUGGGUUUAAAAAGUCCGCCGAAAUCCUCGCCGCCUAUUGGUUUAAAAUAGGAAAAUAACGCAUUGCUAUUGGUCCGGAGUAUGUUACGUUUUGGCCAUGAUAACGAUUCCAGGCAAACCCUUAUUUUCAAUAGCUUCUAGCUUGUCUGAAAAUGAAAAAGAAAGAAAGAAAAAAGAAUCGUCAAAGGAUCUUUAUACAAACGUCAUUACCGCUUUCAACAUUAUCUUUGAAUCAAGCUAAUUCAAGCAUAUGCUGUGUACUGAUGUCUUCCUUUGCUUCAGUAUAGUGUUUCAGACUAAUAAUAUAGCUACCAAUUUAUUGUGCGUUACACACAAUGAUUAAUACAUGUCCCUUAUUUUAAUGCACAGUACCUCGAUAGCUGGUCACUGAGACCUGUUAGCUUCGUCUUGAAUUUAAUGUACAGGCAACCCAAACUAAAUAUUUGUUCAGGAAGCUAUAUAAACCUUAAACUUAAAUUUAUUUGAUAGCUUUUGAUACAGUAGAAAUGUUGACUAAAAUCAAUGUGCUGAGGGUUGAUCAUCAGAUACAAAUCGCCUUUUUAUUCAUUGCAAAGACUCACUUAUGCACAAUUGUAUUACUUUGUGAAAGGAGUUUAUUUGAGCUGAUUUUAUGUGAAAUGUGAAAGUUCCAUCUUUGCUAAAUGUAUUGUUGGUCUUGCAAAAAAGGUAGUCCGCACAGAAGAACGUACGUUUCAGUCGCAUGCUUUUUCUUUGUGUAGUGGAAGCACGUAUUAUGUCCAUAAUAGUCUCUAAUUGAAAGUAUUUUGGGUCAAUUCAACCGCAAUAGUAAAACGAGACAAUUGGUCAAAUAAAUACAAAAUAGAGACUAUUUGCAUAGACUUCAAAUGAAGUUGCACGUAGAAGCAUAUCACUGGGAUAAAUGGAAAGAUAUAUCACAAUUUUAUUCCAAGCCAUCUAAUUGUCAUGGUGUUCACAAAGGAGGCUGUUAGACAGUCUUCACAGUGAUGAGUCUGCGUAUAUUUACUAUUCUUUUGCCAUUAAUCGUAUGCGUUUACAUUACAAAAUCAGCCAGGCAAUAAAAUAUGUAUAAGAUAUAUUUUCAAAGUAAUGUUCAAAUUAAAUCAUUAUAGCAGUUGCAUUAGAUGCGUGAGAGUACUGUUGCUGUACGUAAGUCACCUCCCUUGCCUUGUUUCCUGCGAGGAAGGAGAAAAGAAUUACAGAACAGCUAUUAAGGUGUCCCUUCGCCAGAGAAACUAGUCCCAAAAACAAAAUAUAGCGAUACAUAUUUAGUAUACAAUGUACUGCUAUAUAGUACGAUUGUUGUUGAUUAAAAAAAUAAACAUAUUCAUAAAUGCAUAUCUUCUACAUUUUCAGAACAAGCAACGGUAUUUACGUGAAAACGCACGAAUAUUUUGAUACGGACUGCGCAGUUUAGAAUGUGGGCGGACCUGUGUCCUUCCUUUUCUGUCUCCUCCUCGGAAGUAGACGUGUUGUCUAUAUUCCGUUCGUUUUAUUUUUAAUAUCAGUUUGGAAGGAUCCCCUUCUUUUUUCUUCCCCCAGAUAAAAACAACACGUAAAUCAAGAUGGACGAUUAAAAA